AAAGUUUUAAGUUUUAAGUUUAAAUUUAUUUUAGGUUAAAAAAAGGCAAAAUGGGUUUGUUCUUAGUUCGAUGUCUAGUUCCUGAUCAAAGAGACAAUUUAAAAAGUCGCAGAGAGCUACGAUUUGCUACGACAAGACACACGCUGCAAACACCCAUUUCAGAUAGAGAAAACGAGAAAACUUCGCCAUUGAGAAAGUCGCUCCGUAACUUAUUUCAAAGUUGCUUUCGGAGUUUUAUUACUGAUAGUCGUCUUCGAAAAUUAUCAACUAUGAGUGUCAUAUCAAGCAUAGAAAUCCCUGAAAUCAUAGAGUUUCCUACACUUGGAUUGGAAGGUUUACUGGAAGAAACAGAUUUUACAAAAGAAGAGCUUCAAAGAAUGUAUCGAGGAUUUAAAACUGAAUGUUCAGAAGGAUUAAUAGAUCGAAACACUUUUGUAUCUAUACAGUAUUUACUAUACCCAGACGGAGAUCCGAAAGUAUACGCAGAUCGGCUAUUUACUUCUUUUGAUCGAUCAAAUAGAGGAAAGCUCAAUUUUGAGGAUUUCGUGAUUGGGUUAUCUAAAUGUUUGCAUGGUUCAUGUGUAGAUAAACUGCGCUGGGCUUUUAAACUCUACGACCUAGACGGAAAUGGAUUAAUAGGAAGAAACGAAUUGUUUACCGUUGCCACCGGAAUUUAUGCAUUACAAAAAGGUAAAAACAACAACGCAGCUGAAGUAAACUUUCAUAUUGACAAAUUGUUUAAGAUGCUCGAUGUAAAUAAUGACGGGUAUAUCAGCGAAGAGGAGUUUGUGGAAACAUGUUUAAAAAACGAGCCUCUGAUUGCAGUAUUAAGUGAGCCCUUUCAUUCAACGCAUAUUAGAAUAGAGUAUCCCAGAAGCAUUAGCGAAUUUAGAGGACCGAUCAAGAGCCAACACAGUGAAGAUAUAAAUGAACACAUGAGUAGAUUGAGUGUUCGUUCACCGUUUAAUGAAAAACAUCUCAUGCGUCAGAGAAAAAUUUCCACAGAAACAACAGCAUCACAAAUGUCAGCAUCAACAAUUUUGUAAAUUGCUAUGACAAUACUGUAACUUCUUUUCUAAAAGAUAUUUUCAAGGUACAUCUUGA